UGUGUUGCAUCCUGUAAUCGGGUCACAUUUCAGUGAAGCCUCAGCAUCCAUCUCUUGCUGUUAGGAGAAACAGAUCCUCUGACUCUGUGUGUUUGUUUUGGGUUUUUUUUUCUCUUGCACGGAAAUCAUGGUGCUCUUGUGUCUUCUCUGUCUUCUCCUCCCGAUCCUGAUGCUCUCUGGGUCUCCGGUUCAGGUGGACGGAAAGCGAGGUGGCAAAGAUGCGGUUGAGAAAAGCGGCAAUUUCAUGGAAGACGAGCAGUGGCUGGCCACCAUUUCCCAGUACAGCCGCAAGAUCAAACACUGGAACCGGUUCCGAGAUGAUGAUUACAUCAGAUCAUGGGAUGAAAAUCAAGGUUCAAAUGAAAUGAUUGCUGUUAUGGAUUACAAGGUCCCCUCUCCUCCUACAGAUGUAGACACCACUAAAGACCCCUGCCAGAAGGUGAAGUGUAGCCCACACAAGGUGUGUGUUGCCCAGGGCUACCAGCGUGCUGUGUGUGUGAACCGCAAGAAGCUGGAGUACAGGCUGAAGCGUCCAGUGGUGGGUCAGCAGGAGAACGACUGCAAACCGUGCCCCGUGUCCACCUCUGGAUCUGUGUGUGGUUCUGAUGGACAUAACUAUGCUUCUCAGUGUAAGCUGCAGCAUCAGGCCUGUCUCACAGGGAAAGAGCUGAGCGUGAAGUGCGCUGGUCCCUGCCCAUGUUCCACUACAGCUGUGCCAAGUACACUGACAGACGGUAAACACGACAGUUGUACAGGCCAGGACCUUGCAGAUUUGGGUGAUCGUCUGCGGGACUGGUUCCAGCUGCUUCAAGGCAACGCCAAACAGAACAACACACGCAAGACUACUGCAGCCACCUCAGCAUCAAUUUUGGACCGCACUCUAGUGGCAACCUGUAAGGACUCGAUUGGAUGGAUGUUUUCAAAGUUGGACACAAAUAAUGACCUAUAUCUGGACCAGGCUGAGCUGGCUGCGAUUAAUCUGGACAAGUAUGAAGUGUGUAUCCGGCCCUUCUUCAAUUCCUGUGAUUCCUACCGUGAUGGAAAAGUCUCCACAGCUGAGUGGUGCCUCUGCUUCUGGAGAGAGAAGCCUCCCUGCCUGGCUGAAUUAGAGAGGAUCCAAAUACAGGAAGGAGCCAAAAAGAAGUCAGGUAUGUAUAUCCCCAGCUGUGAUGAGGAUGGUUAUUAUAGGAAGCUGCAAUGUGACCAAAGCAAAGGGGAGUGCUGGUGUGUAGACCAGCAUGGAGAGGAAUUAAUGGGCUCCAGAAUCCAUGGCAACACUGACUGUGAUGAAGUGGCUGGCUACUCAGGGGACUUUGGCAGUGGUGUAGGAUGGGAGGACGAGGAGGAGAAAGAAGCAGAGGACACCGGAGAAGAGGCUGAAGAAGAGGAGGAGGAGGAGAUUGGGGAAAUGGAUGAUGGUGGCUAUAUUUGGUAGACCAAAACAAAAUGGUUGCCUGGUCAAGAUAGCUUUAUUUGACCACUGAUUCAAAGGCAGCUCCUUCUCUUGCUGACACAAAAUGGUGGAAACUGGAAGGUUGGACAGCUCUACACUGAACUUCAAACAGCAUUG